AUGCUGCAGCCUAAUUGUCUAACAUGUAAUCUGGAACCAGUGACUGCGCCGCGCUUGUUCACAUCCAUAGGUCUUAAACACAUCUUCUAUGCAGACUGCUUCGAAGCCCCUGCUGACUCCACGGUAGGGCUACUCCCUGCACGAUCGGGUGUCAAGGAAAUCGUUGCAGGAGAGUCCACCGUUGCAGCCCUGACCUACGCGGGAACCACGAGCGUAUUCUCCGCUGAGGGCCGAUAUCUCUGCACCAUUAAUCCAGGAGACGAGUUUGCUGUAAAGUGCAUAUGGUACAGCAGAAGAUCCCGAUCGUAUAUCUCUGCCAGCGUUGCGCUGAGUGACGAUUGCAGUUGUUUACACAUUCAUGCUGCUUCGGAGCAGGAGUGCCUAGAUGCUAUAGAGAGACCGCUCAUGUGCACGCUCAAUAUUGGGCGAAUUGUGCGGCCGGGUUACGUGGAGUACGAUGAUGUUUCUGAUGUGAUUCUUGCUUAUGAACCUGCUGGGGAGAAGCCAACUGGUAGUGGCAGGGCAGUAAGCAAAGUACAAGGGUGCUUCAGAGUAUUCUGUUACACGGGAACGACCCUAGACUGCAUCGUCAAGUUGUCUGCAGAAAAUGUGAAGGACAUACGUUUGUCAGGAGAGCAUCUCAUUGCGACCAUGCUGGGUCCAAAGAGCAUCUUGUACAUUAAGGUCUUGACACUGCAAACGUCUCAGGAAGUAACAUCUGCCAAUGAGCUAGAAAAGCGAGCAAGCCUCAAGCUGCGACUUCCGCACUCAUCACCCAUUCAAUUCAUGGAGGUCACGGGGUCUUACCUCUAUAUCCAGCAAGAGGGAGCUCCUCUUUUAGCCAUUAAUCUGGGCAGUCGCGAGAUUUAUCGCUACCUCAUGUCGACAACCGUCAAAGACCUCCCGACAUCCCAGCUCGCAGUCACUACUUCGGGAGAUUACCUAGCGUUUUCCAGUGGGACGAAUCUCCGGAUCAUAAACUCUCUAACAGAGGAAUUCACAGCUCAAUGCCUCCAGAAGACACAGGACGUGCCUGUUUACUGGGUUCCAUGGUUCGGUGUCUGGAUCUACCAUGGAUGCGAGUGCACGCGAGACUUGGGUGCUGUUCAGGGCCUGUAUAUCGCGAACCCUCGGGGAGAGAAAAAGCGCCUGCUGCUAUGCUACGAUGGGACCUAUGUGACGGUGCUCUACGUUUGUCAUGAGCGUGUCUACAUUGGGAGCACAGACGGAACAUUCCAAGCGUAUAGUUUCGCUUAG